AUGGCUUCCCACAACUACUUCCUCUUCGCCCUAACUCUCCUCCUCCUCCUCCUCAUCGUCCUCUCGGCCACCGCCGACCAAUGUGAGACGCCAGCCUAUGGCGAGGAAGAAGGUGCGCCUAAUCGGCGAUCUCUGUUCUGGAACAAAGCGAUCCACUACUACAUCUCGUACGGCGCUCUCUCCGCCAACAGGAUCCCUUGCCCGCCGCGCUCCGGCCGCUCCUACUACACGCACAAUUGCCACAGAGCGAGGGGACCAGUCCACCCCUACUCUCGCGGCUGCUCCGCCAUCACCCACUGCCGCCGCUGA